CUGAACAAGAAAGAUUUAUGAAACUCCAGCAAAAUAACUUUAUUCGUUUAGCACAUCUCACAAAAUCGGAUUUCACAAUAUCCUUCAAUAAAACUCGUUCCCUUUAUAAACUAGGAAGACACCACCGAGCUGAGGUUAUUCGCAAGGAGCUGCGGCGAACAUGAAGAUUGAGUUUGCGCCUAUUAACAUUCCUUUUAAGAGGAGGAUUCAAACUUUUGCUGUGCUUCAGUGGAUCUUCACUUUUUUGUUCCUGGGUCAGUGUUGCCUUGCAGUCUUUGUACUUCUCAUCUUUGCUGGUUACUGGUACAUAGCUGCAGUUUACAUUGUUUGGUUGUAUCUUGACUGGGAAACACCGAAUCAGGGUGGUAGAAGAUCACAAUGGGUCAGAAAUUGGACCAUCUGGAAUUACUUCUGUGACUACUUUCCUAUUCAUCUUACAAAAACAACUCCUUUGGAUCCAAAAUACAACUAUCUGUUUGGAUUUCAUCCUCAUGGGGUGCUUGUAGCUGGAGCUUUUGCAAACUUUUGCAGUGAGUCUACGAACUUUCAAAAGUUGUUUCCAGGUUUGACACCGUAUCUGUGUAUGCUGCCUUUCUGGUUCAAGAUUCCUUUUUACAGGGAAUACAUCAUGUGUGGAGGUUUGGUCUCGUCUGUGAAGAGCAGUGCUUCUCACAUCCUAAACAGGAAGGAAGGUGGUAAUGUGGCUGUCAUUGUAAUAGGUGGUGCUGAGGAAUCUCUGGAUGCAAGACCUGGAGCACUAACUUUGAGAAUCAUGAACAGGAAGGGAUUUAUUAAAUUGGCUAUAAAAUGUGGGGCACAUUUGGUUCCAGUGUUUUCCUUUGGGGAAAAUGAACUUUUUAAUCAGGUAAAUAAUCCCAAAGGGUCAACUCUUCGAACAAUCCAAGAACGAUUACAGAAAUUCAUGGGGUUUGCUCUGCCAUUGUUUCAUGCGAGGGGUGUCUUCCAGUAUAACUUUGGGCUACUACCAUACCGGAAACCUAUCUACACUAUAGUGGGAAAGCCAAUUGUUGUGCAACAGAACCACACUCCUUCAAACCAAGAGAUUGAAGUGCUGCAUAGUAAAUAUAUUGAGGCAUUAAUUCAAUUAUUUGAAGAACACAAAGCUCAAUAUGGAAUUCCUGAAACAGACCAUCUGAUUUUCAGUUGAAUUUCUGAUUUGAGCACUUGAGUUAAAAAGCACAUUUAGUCCCAGUGUAAUGAAUAAUUUUGUUUUGAGCUGUUCAGUACAUAGUUAUAGAGAGAUCCCAGUUAAUUGAAUCAUUUUGGAGAUCUUUUACGCUCUUAUUUGCAGUAAUUGUCAAUGGUUUACAAACAAUUCUACGUUAACCACUAAGUACUAAUGUUGUCCUACUGGUGUAAUUUCUGUGUAUUGUAUUAGAUAUACAGCACUUUACAAAUGUUAGCUAAAGAGAUAUUUCUUUAUAAGGUUUACAAUUUUGCAACGUAAAAUUAGGUUAGUGUUUCCACAAUGCCAUCAACUGAAAUUGGGAUAAAAAAUGCUUAAUAUUAUGCAAAAAUCUGAAUACCUACCAACUGCAAAAUACAAUCUUUUAUACAAUCAUUAUAAAAGUAACUCCUUAAAGGGAGCAAAUAUGAGGAAAUCUGCAGAUGCUGGAAAUUCAAACAACAACACACACCAGCAUUUUGUGUGUGUUGUUCCUUAAAGGGAGGUAUGAAUAGAAAAUAUGUACUAAGAUAUUGUUUGACAUUAAUCUCAAAAGGUUUAAUUAUUGCAAAAUUCUUUUUACCAAGCAAUCGUAACUUGUAAUACCAUAUUAAUGGACCUUAGAAAGGAUUAUCUCUGUAUUGUAGUCUCUCACUGUUAUUUUCUUGACUCAAAAAAUUAAAAUCCAAAGGUUCAGUAAUUUUAACAGAUUAUAUUAGUAUUAAUAGCUCAUCUUUAAUCAUUUGUCACACUUAAGUAAGAGUAACUAUUUUGAAAUAAUCUGUGAAAGAAAGUAAAUGAUAGCUUUCUAAACAUUUUCAAUUAUACCUAAAAAUUUUAAAUUUGACAAAAAUAUAUUAAAAUAAAUUACUGUUGAGCUUGUGUGACAAAUCUGAUUUUUCAGAGGACUUGAUCAUCUUUUUGUAAUCUACUCAUUCUGUGUAGACCCAUGAGCAAAUUAAGUUUAUUAUUUAAGCUUCCUACUAUUCAUUUGUAUUAAAUAAACUCAGUAAAUCAUUUAAUUACUCCCUUUUGGGUUGUAUUACUUUGUUCUGCAGCAUAUUUUGUACUAAAAAUGAUUAAUUCAAGUAUUUACUUGUUAAUAAUUGUGUAUUCAAAAGUUACAGAAAUUUACUUCCAGGAUCAAAUUGUAUUAUCACAAGCAUUUGUUGUGAAAUUUGUCAUAUUUCUUAUGUACAUUUUCCUUUUCAUUUUGUAUGAUUUUGAUGUGGUUUGUGAAUCUCCUUACUGAGAGAGGAAACUGAUUCUUUUUAGUAAUUCCUAAAUUGUAGAAUGCUAAAAUGUCAUGGCCAUUACUAGCAAAUUAAAGGUGCUGAAUUAAGUGGAAGAUGCUUUUGUUUUAGCCAAAUACUGUAAAGGAAAUGAUGUAAAAGUACUGUUGUGAUGCGGUGCAGAAAAACCCUGUAUGGUGCGACCUGCUGACAAUGCAAGAAGGUGGAUAUGUGUAUAGAUUGGAAGGUGGUGGAGUUCUUCUGUUGUUUGCACUGGAUGUCUCUCUGCUCCUGACAAAUGAACUUGGGGAUCUCAGUACAAUCCAAAAUCCUUUUUCACCAUUUUGAGUGUUGCAGGAGACCUAUACAGAGAAUCCUGAGAAUCAUUUGUACAGUCCAUCUGGUAACCUCUGUGACCCAGCUUGGAAUAAAGAGAAAGUCGAGCAUUUGCCAAUGCCUGUAAUGAAGAACAUUAGACUGGAAAUACUCAUAUACUGGAAGGUGAAUUGACUGUUUCUUUCUCCACAGAACAAAAUAUUUCCAGCACUUGUGUUUUUACCUUCAAACAGAGUGCUUGCUCCUGGUAAAGAACAUUUGAGUCUAGUGAUGUAGCCUGUCCUUUGGAACUGACUAAAUGUAAUUAGAAGCUUUAAGAUGGGAAUGUUGGUUCAUUUAACCUGCAAUGAAUUAAACAGU